CACAUUUAACUUUUUCUCGCAGUAAGCUUAAAUUUGUUCUAUCGAUCGGCCGAACUAUGAAGAAUUCAUUAUUUUUAAUAUCACUUAUUUUGCAUUUGGCUGUAUUUGGAUUUUGUGAUUCUAAACCAAAUGAACCAAAACGUUGUAGCAUAGCCUACAAGUGUUCUUCCUUAGCGGAACCAGUUUGGACUACAUCCGAUGAUGUACAUUGUGAAGUAUUUAGAAAUAAUUGCUAUUUGCUAAAUGACAAUUGCCAACGUGUUAAUAGAGAUGAACCAGAAGCCAAAAAAAUAGAAAAAGAGAGAUGCCAAGAAUUAUGUGAAUCAGCUCCACCGUGCUCAGAGGUUGACACUCCGGUUUGUGGCUAUUAUGAUGAAGAGAAACAAACAUUUGCAAGUCAAUGUGACAUGAAGAAAUUUGUUUGUAAAACUGGAAAAACUUUUGACUUGUUUGCUGAGGGAGAAUGUCCAAAAGUCUGAUUUUUUGUUAUUAAAAAAAUUACCUAUUAUAUCUGUAUGUUUGGUAUUGAUUAAUAUACCUACAAUUAAUAAAUUGAACAAAUUUGAGUACAUAGUUGAAAAAAAAAAUU